AUGCAUGAGAAUCGACCACUAGAUGAUAUCAUAGAAGUGAAUGAGAAAAUUGGAACCAAUCCACCAGAUCGACAACGUUUCGAAAAUGAUUUGGAGGAAUUUCAUUCAGAAAUGCAAAAGAUUCGAUCUCAGAUCCAAAUCCGAUGCAAAAAGUGCACUGAAUCAAAUCCACUCGAAAGUGAGAUGAAAACUCAGCGUGAGCAGCUACGUGUAGAGCUCAUGGGAUUGAAAAGAGAUGGGGAUAAGAUCAAAGUGGAAAUUGAUAACCAGAGAAAGAAACAAUUGGAUUUGGAAAAAGACUGCCGCAUCCGGAACAAGGAUCAACUUGAAAAACUACUCCAGGAAUAUCAAGACCGCUAUAAGAGACCCCUUUCGGCAAGAGAUGAGCAAGCAUUGGUGACGGAGAUAAAUGCAUUAAAAAGGAAUAGAAAACAAUUAGAGUCCCUCGCGGAAAUAACCACUGGAAGAAAAGAUUUGGAUGUGGAGCUCGAAAAAAAUCGACAUAAGAAACAUAAAGUGUACAUCGACCUGACAAAUCUUCAAAACAAGUUCAAGCUCAUCAAACAAAAUCGGAGGAUGAUUGAAGAUGAGAUUCGAGACCUCAAGCAUCAGUUACAAGGAGCCCAUGAGCGUAGAAAGAUUCUCAUCAAUGCCUAUGACGACAACCGAGAGGAAUACAAAACAUGGCUGAAUGCCAAUAAGUUGAACGGAAAUAGCGUUCCAAUGUCGUUCCCGAGUGCACGCAAAAUAAAAGCACCAAUCGACAUUGAGGAAUUGGAGCCAUAUUAUGAACAAAAGAGGGAUUGCAACAGACUCAUUCAUUAUCUAGAGCGCCUUCAGACUACAUUGCAGAAGGAUGAGGGAGUGAAGCCACCUGCACCAGCACCAAUAGUGGAUGAUGAUGAUGACUCUGCAGAUGAGCUACCACCACAACUUAUCAGGAAUAACCCGAAGAUUACGGUAGCGUCGGCGGCUCCAGCUGUGAAACGGAAUUUCAAGAAGCCAACUCAACCGAUUUCUCACAACAUUGAUAUCUACAAGUUGUUUGGAACAGUUGAUGUGGAUGUACCAAAGGUUUAUGCGGAUGUUGGGGACGCGUUGAAAGCGGUGAGAGAGAAACUCGACUUCUACAACCAACAAACCACCAACGAACUCGACUGGGGAGAAGAACUGGGCGGAAUUGAAUACCUCUCCAUUUCUCGCACUGCUAGUGAUAUGGAUUCGUUCAUGGAUGAAUCGCUGUCCGACGUGGGAAGUAUGUCAAGUUUCUACAGAGCAUCUAGCCGAACAAGUUGUCCGUCCCCUCUUGCCAACGACAAUUCUCCAAAACGAUUUGUUGCUCCCUUACCGCCAAAUAGUGAGAAGAAUUCGCCGGUGUAG